AUGGAUAGCUCUACAAAAGAUAAUUCUCAUCAUAAUUCUCACAGCGAAGAAGCUAAUCAUUCUGAUACCCAAGAUGGUGAACUUGUUGCCCCUAAUCAUGUGGGAGGAAAUAAAGUUAGUAAAUUGCUUUACAAGUUAAGUGGACAGCCUGAAUCUUACAUUAAUAAAAGAGAUUAUGUCUUCGGUAGAACUUUAGGUGCUGGUACAUUUGGUAUAGUUAGACAGGCAAGAAGAUAUUCUACAAAGCAAAAUGUCGCCGUUAAGAUUCUUUUAAAGAAGGCCCUUAAGGGGAAUGAUGUUCAGCUACAAAUGCUAUAUGACGAAUUGUCAAUCUUACAAAAACUUCGCCAUCCAAAUAUUGUUCGUUUUGAAGAUUGGUUUGAAUCAAAGGAUAAGUUUUAUAUCGUUACUCAAUUGGCAACUGGUGGUGAAUUAUUCGACAGAAUUAUUGCCAAGGGUCACUUUACAGAGGAGGAUGCAGUUAAAAUCGUGGUUCAAAUGUUAAAUGCAGUUGAAUACAUGCAUUCAGAAAAUAUUGUUCACAGAGAUUUGAAACCUGAAAAUAUUCUUUAUAUUGAUCCAUCGGAUGAUUCUCCACUAGUGAUUGCAGAUUUUGGUAUUGCCAAAGAAUUACACAACAAUGAUGAAUUGAUCUUCAAGGCCGCUGGUUCUCUUGGCUAUGUGGCACCUGAAGUGCUAACUACUAAUGGCCAUGGUAAACCAUGUGACAUUUGGUCUCUAGGUGUCAUCACCUAUACUUUACUAUGUGGAUACUCUCCUUUUGUUGCUGAAUCUGUUGAAGGAUUUUUAGAAGAAGUAGCUAAAGAUCGAUACCCUGUAAAGUUUCACGAACAGUACUGGAGUAAAAUUUCUACAGAGGCCAGAAGAUUCAUUCUAAGAGCGCUAGAGAUAAACCCACAGUAUAGACCAACAGCAUCAGAAUUGUUAUGCGAUCCAUGGAUUACAAGUAAGAGUAAUUACACUCAUGAUUUGUUGCCACAUGUCAAGAAACAAUUCGAUGCUCGCAAGAAAUUCCGUGAUGUGGUGGAAAUUGUUAAAUUGAAUAACAGAAUCGAUAAAUUGAGAAACAUGUACUGUGAAGGAUCAGAAGAAGAGGAAGAUUUGCAAGGGAAUGAUCUAUCACCUCAUAAAUCUUUGCUCGAUUCUCUUAAAGAUUUGAGCCUACAACAACCUGAUAGAGCAGCCUCUACACCUGGAACAUCAUCAUCGCAGAGUCAUGAUGAAUUAAAAUCUUCAUUAACACAGAGCGCGUUUGCUCAAUUGGUUAAAGCUGCUACUACGAAUACUGACAAGGUGUUGAAUUAUAAGGACCCCUUGGCGGCUAAAUCAGAAGAGGCAGAGGCUGAAGCAGAAAAACGAGAAGCUGCUAAGGCCAAGAGUGAUUUGAAAAAGUGA